AUGUUAAGUGAUCCGGGUGUCCAAAAUUCCGAAUACGAGUCUCUAACAAAAUCAUUUGCUUAUGUGAAAUAUGAAGGAAGCCCAUUAAAUCCUGAAGCUGUUUUUCGGGGACAGAUCACAUUCACAUGUUUGGCUACUGGUGGCGAUGGAAAAUUUAAAAAAUGGUGUCAAGAUGGUAUUGGCGAGGAGGACUACUGUGCUGGAAAAGAUAAAAAGGAUUUCCAAGGACAUUAUGAUGUAAAAGCUAGCCCAGAGAAAUCCGUAUUAACAAUAAAAGUUGUUAUUGAUGAUGAUUUUGCUGUAAAAGGAUGGUAUGUUUUGACAGAGAAUGAAAUGGAAAGUAAACCAGAGAAAUGUCACUUUGGUCAAAUUCGGAAAAUUCCAUCUCCCGUUUAUAUGCAAACAUCUAAGAACGAAGUAGUGGAAAAAACAUAUGGAUCAAUAACACGUGUGGCAGAUGAACCAUUACAUUUAACAUGUAUUACAAAUCCGCCAAAUCAAGCAGUUAAAUGGUCAUAUAGUUUGGAUAAUAAGGUGUAUAAUCAACUGCCAAAAACCGGAUUUCAGAACGAUGAAAACAACCUAAAUACAUUGGCAAUUGCUAAUGUUGGGAAAGAACACCGAGGUUUUUAUCGAUGUUCGAUCAACAACGCAUCGUUUACAACAAAGUUACGUGUGAAAGAUAAAUUGGCUGCUUUGUGGCCAUUUAUUGGAAUACUAGUGGUUGUUUUAUUACUUGUUAUUGUCAUUUUAAUAUUUGAGAGACGAGAAAAAUCAAAGCGCAAAGAGGAAGACGACCAUGACCACGCCGAUGAUCCGUAA